UGUUUGUUCCUCUGCCCACUAGAGCGCAGAGUGCUAGAUUUGAAACAAAGCUCUCUCACAGUCCUUGUAGGCCUAUGCUUAUUACGUUUCCUGCAAAUUGUUAUUUGAUUGAAAUAGGCCACCACCCCGACUCGUUUUUCUCUUAUUAAUACCAUAUUAAUUUAACAAAUCUAAAAAAACGUCUGGCCCCAGGCAGUUUGACUUUUGUGAAUCAGUGGCACAAGUUUUUCCAGUUGGCGCUUUUAUUCUGAAAGCGUCCUUUCCGGAAGUCCGGUUCUUGUUAUUGCAGCGGAGCAGCUGUUCGGAGCCGCACAGUUUAGGUCUCAUCACACUGCUUUCGCUGGAUAUUAGCCUGACAGUUGAGCGUUUCCUAACUGUCUCCCGUGUCUUUAGCCACACAUUUAGCGGCUGGCGUUGCUCCUUUUCGGCGGGUGUCCCGUCCCGUUUGUGUGUUCACGAGAGGAUGGUUUUGUCAACGUCACAACAAGUCGCCCUGGCUUUCACGGCCGUGCUCUUCACGUUCGUCGUCCUGCCCAGGUUGUUUGGCGUCGGCGGCGGGGCCGGGGCGAAGGAAACUAGAUUUGACCCUCGCUACACCAGAAAAGCAGGUCCGGGCCCGGGCGCAGUCAGAGGUCAGCCCAUCAACGUGAACGCCCCCGGUUCAGCUCAGACCCCUGAGAACAUGCAGCAGAUGAAGAAGCUGAUGGAACAAGAGCUGAAGAGUGACAAGUACAAGUCCAACAGCAACAAGGGCUACGUGUUCACACUGAUGCCCCUCUACGCUAUCGGAGUUGGAGUGUUUGCAGCUUACAAGUUUUUGAAGAUCAAAUCUGCAGAUGACGAGGCACAAAAGGACAAGUUUGCAAAAGGAGCCAAAAAAUCAGUAGAGGCAGAGAACCAGUUGAACGAGCUGGAACAAAGGCUAGCGCAGACGGAGAGGAUGCUCAACUCCAUCCUCACCCAGCUGGACCCGCUCACUAACUGGUGAGUAGGGCUCCACCUCAUCGUUGUAAUCCACGUCAUUGAAUACAGAAAUACGUCGCGCGUCGGUG